GCACGCCGGGAACUGUAGUUCUCGGGAGAGGCGGUUGGAAGCCCCAGACCCAGCUCGGGCCUUACCCGGAUGGCUGCUGCCACGCGUGGCUGCCGGCCCUGGCGCUCGCUCCUCCUCGGACUGCUCGGGCUGGUCUCGGCAGCGGCCGCCGCCUGGGACCUAACUUCACUGCGCUGCAACUUCGGCACCUUCUGCGAAUGUGACUUCCGGCCCGACUUCCAGGGUCUGGAAUGUGACCUGGCCCAGCAUCUAGCGGGCCAGCACUUGGCCAGAGCGCUGGUGGUAAAGGCACUGAAGACUUUCGUGCAGGACCCGGCCCCCACCAAGCCGCUGGUCCUCUCCCUGCAUGGCUGGACAGGCACUGGCAAGUCCUAUGUCAGCUCCCUGCUGGCACACUACCUCUUCCGGGGUGGCCUUCGCAGCCCCCAUGUGCACCACUUUUCCCCUGUCAUCCACUUUCCCCACCCCAGCCACAUGGAGCGCUACAAGAAGGAUCUUAAGAGCUGGGUCCAGGGGAACCUCACUGUUUGCGGCCGCUCCCUCUUCCUCUUUGAUGAGAUGGACAAGCUGGCCCCAGGCUUGAUGGAGGUCCUGCGACCUUUCCUGGGCUCCUCCUGGGUUGUGUAUGGGACCAAUUAUCGCAAAGCCAUCUUCAUCUUCAUCAGCAACACUGGUGGCGAGCAGAUCAACCAGGUGGCACUGGAGGCGUGGCGCAACCACCGGGAGCGCGAGGAGAUCCGCCUCCAGGAGCUAGAACCAGUCAUCUCCCGGGCUGUGCUGGACAACCCACAGCAUGGCUUCUGGCGCUCGGGCAUCAUGGAAGAGCAUCUCCUGGAUGCCCUGGUGCCCUUCCUACCGCUGCAGCGGCACCAUGUACGGCACUGCGUACUCAACGAGCUGGCACAGCUGGGCCUGGAGCCGAGCGAUGAGGUCAUCCAGGCUGUGCUGGACAGCACCACCUUCUUCCCGGAAGACGAGCAGCUCUUUUCCUCCAACGGCUGCAAGACUGUGGCUUCCCGUAUUGCCUUCUUCCUCUGAGUGUCCAGGGGGCAUCUGCCCUCCUCUACCUGGCCAGGCCAUGCUGGAAAGCCCUGGCGCCUCUGCCAGAGGGAUCGUGGUCCCAAGCCUCCUGGAGAGGGGGACCCAGAACACAAACUGAAGAUGAGGAGGAGUGUUGGCUGGGCCAUGGGGCAGAGGGCCAGGGCCGGCCCCGGCCUAUGAGCUGGUCUUAUGGCAUCUUGGCCUUUGCUUCCUUCCUCAGGGGAAACCGCUGGUCACCCCAGAACCUCAAUGAGCCUUGACCUCGCCCUCCAGACUGAACCUUCUUAAAAUGUGAAUUGUAACUCAGGGACUGUGGCUCGUGGCCGCUCCCUCCCUCUUUGGUCUUUUCACCCUUGGCUCCUUGCCCUGGCACCAUACCUCAACCCUCCGUCCCAUACCCUAUGUCCCUCCCAGCGUUGUAAAGCCAGACGAGACUGCUCAGUCUCCAUGAAUGGAGGGACUCAAGCUGCCACUUGGGCCUGGUUUUUAAAGUUUUUAAUUUUGUAAAAGAAGAGAACAGAUGCAAUAAACUUAGGCAUGGGACCGGA